AUUGAACCACAACAUCGCCGCCGCCAUGCCUGUCCAGUUCCUUCGACGCCUCAUACGGCCUUCAGUCUUCGCGCAAUCACCCCUGAUCGCUGCGCGACCUUCCAUCGUCGCCACACCCCUUCACAAUGCCUUCGCUGGCCUCUCCCUCGGCCCUACACCUGCGUCACGAGCCAACAAAUGCACAUUGAUCCAGGUCCUGCGACAAGGAAGGAUAGCACAGAGGGCGAGAAAGCUGCGAUCGCCACAACUUGCCAACAGACCAGAGCUGAAGGGCGUAUGCUUGAAGGUCGGCACAACGAAGCCCAAGAAGCCCAACUCUGGCGAGAGGAAGAUUGCUAGGGUGCGAUUGAGCACAGGAAAGGUCAUCACAGCAUACAUUCCUGGAGAGGGUCACAAUGUGCAGCAGCAUUCGGUCGUCAUGGUACGAGGAGGGCGUGCGCAGGAUUGUCCCGGUGUGAAGUACCACCUGGUUAGAGGAGCAUUGGAUUUGGGAGGUGUCGGUAGCAGGAUCACAUCGAGAUCGAAGUACGGAACGAAGAAGCCAAAGGCCGCCGCGGCAUAGUCGAGCUGCAUACAGAAGUGUAUAUUCGUGUAAUAUAUGUUUGGCAUCAAAGGCGUUCGAAUCUAAAGCGGCUACGCGCUGCGCUGAU